CAAGCGGUUCGCGGUUCGCUCUAACAUUGGAAAACAUACAACAGUCGCGUAAUAAUAAAUUCAUUGCAACAGCAAAGCGCCAUACUCGUUUAUGAAUAUCGCAGAACGUUAAUCUCUUCAAUGCCCAGAAACAAAAAACAAACAAAAGACGAAUAAAGAACCAACUUUUUGCUAAAAUAACAAAGAUUUCGUUGGUUUCCAACUAAUAAAGUGCAGUACAUACAAACCUAUUUACGUCCGUGAAUAAUUCACUAUAUCUGCAAGUGUUUCUCAGCAUCUGUCGUAUAAAUUUAUAACAAACGCAAACUGGAUGAAUUUCGAAAGCCAGCCAUCGCUCUCGGCAAUCACUUUCAAUAUUUAAAGUAAAUUUUUUCAAAGACUAUAUACAAAUCUUCUGAAAAUGAUGAAAGUCACCGCCGCAGUCGAACGUAACAGCAUUGUCGCGUAUUUCUCGAGGUGAUGCUAAAAAUAGGCCAACUUGUACCAGAAGAAACAACGAACGUAGAACAUAUUUAACAAGUGUACAAAUUCGUACACUAUAAGUGACAUACAUACAUAUAAACAUAUAUCACACACAUUAUCUGCAGAUCAAUUUAAGUGUUGAAAAAAACUCAAUCGAGAGACGCAGAUAAAUUCGUGUCUAUUUUAAAGAUCGUUUAGUCGCGCCUUCACGCAAUAACGCUGCGCCAUGCCACUCUACACUGAUCCGGGAUAUUUUUAUAGUGGGGGUAGCAGUCAGAUUUAUGCCCCAUACUACACCCCAGGCCUUUAUGGCGCCCCGCCAACAAACUCCUCGAGCGGUUCCUAUGUCCCUUAUUCAUCCACCUAUAACCGUACCUUUGGCGGCAGCUACAUUCUACCGUUGGCGCCUCCGCGCACUCCCUCGUACACUGCAGCACACAGCCUAUCGUCGCGGUAUCAACCCAAGUUAUCGACGAUCACCGAGACUUCACCCCACAUCAGUUCGAGACAUGGCGGUAUUUUACCACUAACACGCAUACAAUCACCAAAAGUGUCUACGUACUCAACACCGCCCACAACUCCUGCGAAGUAUGUGGCACCACGCCCAAUACCCAUUAACACAGCUGAUAUAGAUGUAUCUUCGUCACGAUACCCGCACCACAAGCACGAAAAGGAAGUGCAACAGGAGGCUGAAGCAAAGCGUGGCAGUGUUGAGAAGAAGGAGAGUAGCAAUAUUGAGGCAAAAAACGAGGCCCAAGAUCAACAAAAUAAGGGACGUCGCUCCACCAUCAAAAGGGACCGACAUGUAGUUCGUCUAUCCAUAAUACGCUCACGCAGUAAAGACGGAAAUCGUGCUACCAAGUCCACUUCUUCCGAAACAGAUGGGUCACCAGAGCCGCAGUCCAAAGUUUUCAAGGACCUUCCCACCAUUGAGCCAUUACACACUAAGGAGACACAUUUGAGUUGGCGCCAGAAGUUAGCUGAUGAAUUAGCUGCUGUCCCUGUAUACCCUGUCAAAAAAUCUCCUGGUGAUUUAAUGCGUGAACGUUAUCUGAUGCAAGAUGCCUCAGCUGUUGUAUUCGAUUCAACUCCCAACAGGCGAGCAGAUGUAGUAGAUAAAGAUGAUGUAAAGCAGAAGCUGGUGGAUGAAGUAGUUGUAGAAUUGGAUGUGGAUCCUACAAAUAAUACCAUCCGCCGCUUAAGCAUUCCCCAGUGUCCCUCGUUCCAUGACAUUUGCGAAGACAUAUCAUCCGACAAAAUUGACGAUGACCUUAACGCUGGUGAGCUAAGGCGUCGCGCAUCAUUAAUUCAAGAACAGGAGCAAGAAAUACUGAAUCAACUACAAAAGUCCGCAUCAGGAACCUUCCAGCUGAUUCAUCUAGAAAGACGUGGUAGUCAUGAUAGCACGACCGAGGAGGGGCAUCGCCAGUCAACAAAGAAGCGUUCAUCGAAAAAAGGCAGAAAGAUUAGACAUAAAAUUACGGCUGUCGUUGGAGUUGAGAAUUCGGCAUUUCUACCGGUACUGCAAGAAAAAGCAGAAUUCACCCCUACACCAAUUGACAAAGAAUCAUCUCCAAAGCCGAAGUUCACAUUCAAUGUUGAAUCUAUGGAAGAACACCACGAAAUUCAUAAGGUCUUUAAGCUCCCCAAAAGAAAGAGUGUAAAGAAGGCCAUAAAACCGAAAGAAGUUGUUUUGCCUGAAGGUUUUAUGCAGGCUAGCCCGAAAUCGAAACAUUUUUCAAAAGCAAAGACACCAAAAAAAGGAACUUUAGUCAGCACUGCUGAAAUUUUUACGUUUGAACCAUCAAGCUUAGACCUCAGCACUGAAGCGGAAACGCAUGAUAUAGUAGCGAAAAGUUUGAGCCCGAAGAUUGAAUGCGAAAUUCCCAAAAAUGACUCAUCACCAAAGCAUGAACCUUGUAAAUCGCCACCAGUAACGGUUUUAAAAACCUCCGCCUCACUAGAUUCCGUUACAGAAAAAUCAGUCGCCAGCAAUUCUAAUCAAACCAUGGAGAAAUCACAGUCUCUCAAAACUAUAGACUUAAAGCAGGAAGUAACUCCACUCGAUUCAAAGAUCGAAGCAGUAAAAGCUCCUAGCACCGACAGUCCUAAGGUUAUGCCAAAAAUUUUACAGGAAAUCAAACUCAAUCCCGUUGAAAAAUCUGACAGUGGUGAAGAUUUUUGGGCUCAAAUUGGCAAACGUGAAUCGGUUUAUAUGACAAACCGAAAGAAAGGGCAACUUGAAAACCAAUGGCAUAAAAGAGAAGAACUUUUGGAAUCAAAUGCCGUAGAAGACGUAGCCAACAUUCAAGAAAUUAAGUCCGUGGUAAAAUCUCAAAAAAAGGAAGCAUUGAAGAAAGCUGAUCGAGAUAUUGCAAAAAUCAAUGAAAAGGGUUUGGCCGGAAGAUCACAAUCUACCGAAUCCGCUAUGUGCAAGAAAGACACGACAAGUCAAAAGUGCCAGAAGGAAAUAGGAAAAAUUGAGCUAGAAGCAAAUGCCAAAAAGCCGCAAGCAGCCGCACAAAAAUCAUUAAUCCAACUACCACUCGAAAACGAAAAUUCAACAACAACAUCAACAACGAACACUCCGACAGUCGCAAUGACUGCAACAAGCGCCGCGACCAAAAUAAAUUUCGGGCAAACAGCCAAGUCACCUGAACAACAACUGAACGAAUUUACGGCACAAGUGGACAACGGCCACGAAAGCAAAAUCAACACAGAAAAACCGAAACUAUUCAUUAGCCAAGCAGGAACAACAAGUGCACCACCAACAACAAGAACAACAACAAUAUCAAUAUCAACCCCAACCCCAGCAACAUCAAAAUCCGUCACUGUAACGGCUGAUCGAAUUGUGAAAAAAACCGAAAAGACAUCUCAGGCAUCUGCUGAACCGAAAUUAGCUGACACAUCUACUUCUGCAACAACAGUACCAAGAAUAAGCGAAAGAAGUGAAAGUAAGAAGCCGGAAGUAGAGGCACAGAAACCAAAGGAUUCUGGUAUCAAACAGAGCGAUCAAACUAAUUCGCCACCCGCCUCACCCCUAGUGUCAUCACCAGCAGCUAACUCCACCUCUGCCGUUACUGGUGUAAAGCCAAAAACUAUAUCCAAAGCUAUAACAGCAACAACAACUACAACAAAUACAAAAGUAUUGUCUGCCGCCACUACAUCAACAGUUGACGAAUCAGCACCACCACAAACGAACGCGUCGGUGACUCCCAUCAAUGCCGAUCAAUUCAUUUCGGUGGCACCCCCGAAAUCGGCGACGUCACCAACUAAAGGCAAAACGACGUCACCACAAAAUACAAAGCCAAAAACAAAACCAACAACGACGACAUCUGUCUUCAAAACGAUAAACAACGAUCCGAACGAAAAAGUGGUCAAAACAAAAAUAUCGGCAACAGCAGCAGCCAAUGCAGCGUCAGUAGCGACACCAACCACGACAAUAGCAUCUACGCCUAAAUUAACAGUAGCAGCGGUAGCAACAACAGCUGCCACCGCCAUUACUGCAACUACACCAACGACAAAGAUACAGACUACCUCUUCCACAACGCCAUCCGCACCCCUAGCAUCCACAAAAGCUGCAACCACCGAGCCAGUAGCUGUCGCCACAGAAUUGUUGGCGCACCACAAAAGUCACGAAGAUACUAACGACAACGAGAACAAUCAACACCAAAAGGCACACGCGCCAAAUAAUUUAUCAAAAUUCGCAACAGUACAGAAUUUGGCACAGUAUUUACAAGACGUCGACGCCGAUCUAGAAGACUACGUACCGUCAUCAGCGGAAAAUAGCGAUGACGAGGACAGUUCAUACGAUUACUCCAGUGCGGACGGUUGUGAUUAUCAAAAUCUAAGUGCAAGUAUGAAGAAAAAACUACGACAACAGCGCAAAAAAGAGAAACAGGCCGAAAAGGCGCGUUUCGAUCCACAUAAAAAAAUUAAAAUCGAUCCGUCCAAUAAGUGUUACGUGAAAGAAGAGGCGCCGCGUUAUCCGCUUGUCGCGACACCGCGUCCCUUAUGGAAGCGCGAAAAGAUUGUGUAUCCCAACGAGGAUUCGGACGAAGAAAGCGGUGAUAGUGAUGAAAGCGGUUCGGGAAGUGAAGAAACGGAGGAUAGUGAAGAGUGCACCACGUCCGAGGAGUACGAGGACGACUUGAGUGCUACCGCCAGUGGGGCGGCCACCGGCAGCAAUGUCUCCAAGGAAAAUUCCGCAAUAAUACGCUUAAGUACCUGCAGCAAUGAUUCGGGUUUCGAGGGCGGAACGGCGCCCUCAAGUCCCAAAAAAAUGCUGGAAACAUCAUAUACUUAUUCGCAAUUUCAAAAGUUGGGGCGCUUUACGGCGCCAGCUACCGUUAUUCCACAUUUCAAAAACUAUUCAGUGGACGAUUUCCAUUUCCUAGCUGUGUUGGGUAAAGGCAGCUUUGGCAAGGUGCUACUGGCUGAGCUACGCGACACCACCUACUACUACGCAGUUAAGUGUCUGAAGAAAGAUGUUGUUCUCGAGGAUGACGAUGUCGAUUCAACCUUAAUUGAACGCAAAGUGCUGGCAUUGGGCACUAAACAUCCGUAUCUGUGUCACCUGUUUUGCACAUUUCAAACUGAGAGCCAUUUAUUCUUUGUCAUGGAAUACCUCAAUGGUGGUGAUCUAAUGUUUCAUAUACAGGAGAGUGGUCGUUUCCCGGAGGAACGCGCCCGAUUCUAUGGUGCCGAAAUUAUAUCCGGUCUAAAGUUCCUACACAAAAAGGGCAUCAUUUACAGAGAUCUAAAGUUGGACAACGUGCUUCUAGACUACGAAGGUCACGUUCGUAUUGCCGAUUUCGGCAUGUGCAAAUUGCAAAUCUACCUCGACAAAACAGCAGACAGCUUUUGUGGUACACCAGAUUAUAUGGCACCUGAAAUCAUAAAGGGUGAAAAAUACAAUCAAUAUGUUGAUUGGUGGUCGUUUGGUGUUUUACUCUACGAAAUGUUGAUUGGCCAGUCUCCGUUUAGCGGUUGCGAUGAAGACGAACUAUUUUGGUCGAUUUGCAAUGAGAUCCCUUGGUUCCCUGUCUAUAUAUCAGCCGAAGCUACGGGUAUUUUGAAAGGACUACUUGAAAAAGAUUACACAAAGCGCAUUGGCUCUCAAUAUAGUCCCGCUGGCGACAUCAGCGAGCACAUAUUCUUCAGGCCUAUAGAUUGGGAUUUGUUAGAGAAACGGCAGUUACCGCCACCCUUUAAACCUCUUGUAAAACAUCCCUUGGACACUCAAUACUUCGACCGCGUUUUCACCAAAGAGCGUGUGCGCCUGACUCCCAUCGAAAAGGAGAUCCUGCAAUCAAUGGACCAGAAACCAUUCGUGGGAUUCACAUAUACAAAUCCACAUAUCACACUAGACUAAAGUGAAUGCUGAAGUUUACCUUGUUACACGCACUUACUUGCAUAUAUGUAUACUUAUAAGUAGACAGGAAUUAGGAUUUAUUGGAAAAAUACUUUGCUGGGCGUUGAAGCCAAAAGCUGUGAAAAGAUUGAUUGGAAUACAAAGUUUGUUUCAAACCAGUAUUUAAACAUAAAUAAUUUAGGUUAGGCAAAGGAGAUUUAAGUGAAAAUACUUUAGGGUAAGAACACACUCAGACGAUUUACAACACAAAUUAGCGUAGCUGAAUAGCAACUAGUCGAAUCCAUUCAACAUCCAGAUGGUUAUUCUUAUUACUACGAGUACGUAAAGAUCUUUGUUGUGUUGCAAGUAGCCGCUUGUAAAAUAUUACGUAGAUAGUUUUAGCACCUACACACACACACACUUAUUUCUUGUAAAAAUGUUAUCCAGAAUAGAUUUAGGAGCAAAUCAUCAUACAAGUGAGGAUCCGUGUAUUGGACUUGUUUUUAUAAAGUCUCACAAGCACAAGCUGUGGGAUUCAAUUUAGAACUUAACUUGUGAAGCGAGUAAACUCCCAUAAAAUGAUGUCUGUGCGUAGAGAUAUUCUUAUAUUUAUGAUUUAAUGUUACUUAUAUACAAACAAAAUUAUCGGGAAUAUUUUAAGUUACUCGUAAUGUGUUUUAGAAAUGCAAAUGUAAAUACUCCAAC